AUGGUACAAAUUGUUAAAAAGGACAUUGUGCAAAAUAAAAACAUUCCAGAUGUCCAAUGGUAUAUGAUCUUGGACAGUUCUAUUAAAGACAUUGUUUCAGGAAUCUCAUAUGUGAAAAAGAGAGCCAAAGAUGACAAUACUAUUGUUGGCGGCGGCAGCCGGGGUCCCGGGACCGAAAGCGGCGGCGGCGGCAGCUCCCAGGGGGCGGCCCGCCUGAGGCCCCUCGAAGGCGACAGCUCCAGGCCGGGCAACGGGAGCGCCUCCCCUCCUCUGAGCAACCUCCGGCCGCCGCGCCGCGACGAUGUCAUGGUGGGAGACGACCCUUACAACCCACAGAAGUACACGGACGACAACCCUUAUUACAAUUAUUAUGACACCUACGAGCGGCCCCGACAGAACAGCCGCUACCGGCCGGGAUACGGCACCGGCUACUUCCAGUACGGGCUUCCUGACCUAGUGCCAGAUCCCUACUAUAUCCAAGCAUCCACCUACGUCCAGAGGACAUCCAUGUAUAACUUAAGAUGUGCUGCUGAGGAGAACUGCCUGGCAAGUUCAGCAUACAGGGGUGAUGUCAGGGACUAUGAUACCAGAGUGCUUCUGAGAUUCCCCCAGAGAGUGAAAAACCAAGGGACAUCUGACUUCUUACCAAGUCGACCACGAUACUCAUGGGAGUGGCACAGCUGUCAUCAACAUUAUCACAGUAUGGAUGAAUUCAGCCAUUAUGACUUGCUUGAAGCAAGCUCACAUAGGAGGGUAGCAGAAGGACACAAAGCAAGCUUUUGUCUUGAGGAUACUUCUUGCGAUUAUGGGUACUAUCGACGAUAUGCUUGUACAGCACACACACAGGGACUGAGUCCUGGUUGUUAUGACACAUAUAAUGCCGACAUAGACUGCCAGUGGAUUGAUAUUACAGAUGUAAAACCUGGAAAUUACAUUUUAAAGGUUAGUGUAAACCCUAGUUAUUUGGUACCAGAAUCGGACUAUUCCAACAACAUAGUACGUUGUGAUAUUCGCUACACAGGUCACCAUGCGUAUGCUUCCGGAUGCACAAUUUCACCCUAUUAAGACGAAAGAACAUUUCUGCAUCGGUGCUCAAGGUUUUGAGAUACAAUUAUUUUAUAAAUUGCGAUAGGAUGUAAAAACUUUAAUAAACUUUUUAAAAGGACAAGAAUAUAAACAAAGAAUUUUAAUGUGACUCUGAAGCAUUAAGACAUUCUUCAGAAUGAAAUGAAUUUCUCUAUUCAUAUUUUACAACUUUUGAAAACAAUGUUGAGUUUGGUGCUUUAGGCAGAAUUUGAAAUGAUCCAGGAAGUCAACUGUUCACAAAAAUGCUUUUUCUCUGACUACUGGAAAUCAGUAACCUAUCUGUGAACAGGCUUAAAAACAACUUAAACCAUGUUCAUAUAGGCUGAGAUCCAAAGAAGUUUCAUCUGAUGAUUCAUGUAAGCCCACUGGGAUCUUAACAGGUUGUAUUUGUUCAACUUUUAUCCCCCCUUCUCAGUAACACAUAAUAGCUUUCAUGAUUUUCCUCCCCCUUGAAGUGUGUAUUUUUAUAUGGCCAGGGCACUGCUUCCAAAGGCUGUUUGGAAUCAUGGAAUUUAUGUCACAGUUCUUUGGAUUGCAGCAAUAUAAUACUGACAAUAAAGAGUAGGAAAGAAGAUCGGUAGUUAUAGUGCCAAAUCUGAACCAGCUGAGGAAGUGAAGCUUCCAUAGUAUAAAAGUUAGCUUACUGGAAGCACAGUCCACUUUUAAAGAAGUGGUUUAUGCUUAAUGUACAAGACUGUCUGGAUUUGGAUAACCAAGCUUAUUAUUAUCAGCUUAUUAAAGCUGCAAAUACGUGCGGUGGAAAAAAGUGUAAGUUUACAGACUUGGUAUUUCCUGCUAAGCUCCAUUAUUUAAAGUAAACUUAAAUUUAACUGUUUAUUGCAAGAAUUAGGCUGAUAAAGAGGUUACUAGUAAUAUAUUUAAGUGACAAGGCUUAAAUGUUUACCUUGUCAGAAGGAAGCUGAUGUAUGUUCAUGUUCUUCAGAAACUUACAGAGUACUGUACUUUUAAACUGUUUAGCUAGUAAAAAAAAAGGAAUAAAGGAUUGUUUUGGGAGAAAAAUAUUUUAGAAACAAUAGCCAUCUAUGCAAUAAAUACCAUGUAAGAAUACCUGAUGUAUGCAAGAUAGAAUAUAUUUUACAGUAGCAGUUAAGGGUCAAAACCUGAAACAUUGAGAAAUAGAAUACAACCCUAGUUUGUGGUUGUAGGCAGAAGAGUUAAUCCUUUUUGAAUAAAACCUCCAAACUGUGAAAUAAGUAUUAACAGAAAGUCUCUUCCCUCAUCACUUUACUGAAUAAUCCUUACAAAUGCUCAGUUGUUGGCUAAACUGUUUGGUAUAAAAUCUGCAGUAUUUUGAUAUUACACUGUGUAAAAAGUGACACAUUGCACUUGGGAGUACUAUAAAGUAUUUGUCAGUAAUUCUUUGAUAGAAAUCUUUGAUUGUUUAGUUUUCAGAUUUUCAGAACGUGUACAUUUUCAAAUCAUAUGGAUGACUCAUAUUCUCCCUGAGAUUAUGGGGUGAAAUCUCACAUCACAGGAGCUGAAUUUUAUUUGCACAACUGGGCUUCUUCCUUCCUCUCUCCAGUGUUUCCAGUGAACUGGGGGAUCCCCCCCAUACUAUACAGACCAAAUUUGGCAUCUGUGCAGAGGGAAUGUAGGAAUAAUCUGUCAACAAUAUUUAUUCCAUGGGUAGUUGGACAAAGUUAGAUUUCACUCAUACAGUACUGUAACUUUUGUAAAUGUAAAUCAAACAUUGGUCCUUGUAUUUGGAUAAAAAUAUGCCCACAAGAACCAUUUAUUUCUUUUUCAUUUACUAGUGAAUACAUCCUUGUCUUUGAUGGCUCUUAUGGAUGCCUGAACCACCAGUGUUGACUGUCAUAUAUCUAAUAAUAUACCACAACAUAUGCUAGACUGUUUGAUAUGCCAACAGUGACAGUUGCCUCUUCGAUACACAUACAAAUUACCAUACUUAUAUGUAGGCUCUUUGUUGUUUUUAAAAAGUGUGCAAUAGUAGCAGCAGGAGGAAAUACUGUGGCUGGUAUUGGGAAUCUGAUGACUACUGAGAGGAGCAGGGGCCGAUGACCCCAUGGUGGCAGCUUAACAGGUAGAGUUAGCCUACCUGAUAUUCUGAAUAACAUGGCUAUACAGAUUCACUAUUUCAUUAAAAAAUGUGUUUCCAGUUUCUGGAAGAGAGCAAAAUAUCUGUGAACAGCAAUACUAAGCAUCCUUGGAACCAGGCCUCAGCUUGGAUGUAUAUGGCAAAAAGAAAAAGGUGCUGAUUUGCGGGAAAAGUACAGUUGGGGUAUUUUCCUGUGGCCCCUGAAAUUAUUGGGCCAUUGAUUAAAAAAAAAAUCUGUCUUCAGCUGUAAAUACUGAAAUACAUCACUGAAAUAUUCUUCACUGUUUGGCUGUUCACACACUUGACUUUGACUAGCAUACAAAGCUUUGCUAUUCCAAGCAUUUCAUGAUCCAUGUUUAAAUCUAAAGGAUAAACCAAUAAUGAGGAUUUUUUUUCAGUCAGCCUUUUUGUACAUUCUUGUAGUUUUUGUUGGACUUAAUUGAAGUAUGCUCAUUUCACUGAAAGUGGACUACCCUGUGCCUUAUAAAAUAUAAAACAUGUUCUUCACAUUCCAGAUGGUACAACGGUGCUUAAAUAUUUUAACUUGAAUUGAAAUAAGAGAGUUUCCUAUCAGGAAAUUUUAUAGGCAAGCAAAUGUUACACAUUCAAUGAAAAGCCACUUGGAGGAAUUUUUAAUAUUUCAGUUUUUCAAAGAGCCUUUCUUUUAAAAUCUAUAAAUCUUUCUCUGAAACAUUAUUUAUAAUUAUUCAUACACUAACUUUGUAUUCUUCAUUGCACUUCAAUAUUCUUGUGUUACAUCCUUGUAUCAUGGUUGCAAAUUUAUGUGAAAAUGACCUGAAUAAAAAUAUUUAAAAUGCUCAAAAUGGUUGUCUCCAGCUUCCAUUGAAAUAUUGCAUUCAGAGGCUAAGAGGAAUCUUUGUAUACUUGUUGGCAAUUCUUUUUUGAGAUAAAUGUUUGAAUGACUAGUAA